AUGCCAAAGAGAAGCUGGAGUCCAGAAAAUUCACCACCUCCGAAAAAACUAAAGAUUUCAAAGAAUAUGAAAAACAUAGGAAAUAAUGUUUACUGCCGAAAAAUAAUUUAUGAUUCAGCGCUAGGAGCUUCUCAUAAAUCAACGCAUUUGGCAAGAAGAUCAACAGGCGAAAGACGUUUUUUCUUAAUUACUAAUCCUAAUAGAGUUUGCGAUGCAUACAGCCGUUGA